UUCCAGUUCAACAGGUUGUUGCUGCAGUUACUUACUCAUGACAUUUAGGUGGAGUUCAUUUUCUUCAGUGUGUGUUCUGAUCAUAGAGCUUCUCUUUUCCUUCCUUUGUCCUAUCCUCUCGCUUUCUCAGUCUCUCACACAUUCAACCGCAAAUCUUUUCACUAGGCUUCCCUAAAGCUCAGCUUUAACUAGGCGACUGAGUGACAAAGAGUUUUCACUUGUUGCAAAAACCGACAACCCCCCUCAACAAGAUGGUUAAGUACGGCCUGGAUUAUACCCGAUGCAGGUGGAUUUUGCCUCUUCUUCUAGGCUUGGCAAUGAUCUUUGGCAUCAUUGCUCUGGCUGGUUGGGGCUGGAUGACCUCAGAAACUUACCCAGCUACCCGGCGUGCUUCAUUAUGGAGUAUAUGUUUUUUGGAUGAAGAGUGGGCAUGCAGAUCUCUGAUGUCAUAUGCUUGGGGAAGAGGUGCCGCUGGCACAUUCUUAGUUGGGUUCGUACUUGUUGUUAUCUGUUUUGCCUUGUCCAUCAUCGCAUUUGCCAUUCCUACGCUUCGUUUCAAUUUCAUUAGAGGAAUAGGAGGCCUGUGUUUCGUGGCUGCUGUGUUCUCACUAAUGGGCCUUGUCAUCUAUGCAGUAAUGAUCACAAAAUAUAUACCUCCUCCCGUUGGUAUGGUUAUGCAGUUUGACUGGUCCUAUGGCUUUGGAUGGACCAUGUGCAUUAUGGCAAUAGGUCUUGGAUUCUUCUUCUGCUGCCUCCCCCUCUAUGAAGACCACAUUUUGGGCAAUGUCAAACCGUAUUAUUAUCCUGACAUAUAACUGUUAUCAAGAGCUCCAAGGCCACUUUUUUGCUUCCCUGGAUGUUUGGCUUUCAAAGAUGUAUACAAAUUAAAACCUUCCCUUGUAUCUCUAUGAAGACCCAGUUAGCUACACAUGAAAAAGUAGUACGCAGAGUUCAUAGCAUUGAAAAACACAUUAAGGACAUUUUCAAUGUGUUAAAAUAAGAAUAUUUCAGUUGAGGUACAUUAGUUAUGCCAUUGUACCUCUUUUCCUGAUCCCUAGAUGGGGCUAGGAAUAAUACAGUUUUUGUAUUUGUGUUUUAUGAGCAAGUUUCAAUACAGUUUUCAUUUUAAGGACAGAAAAUUAAUUCAUGAUACAUUUGUCACUUGGUGUGUUGUAUUAAACCCAACUUGUUCUGUUUUCAGUAAAACUGAAUUGUACUUAUGACAUUAUUACAAAUAUCACAUCAUUGUAAAUGUAGAUCUCUUGUGUCAGGCAAUGAAUUUAAUAUAACUUGUCAAAGAAGA